AUGCCAAAAACUAAACCGAUCGUGCUUUCAGCAAGCACUAUUUCUAAUCUAGCAUCUGAGUCAUUCGAAGACCCAUCGCGAGGCGAGGUGUCGUGGCGCACGCUUUUCACGCAGCCAAAGACCCCAACAAACAACCUCUCUGCGGGGAUCGCUGUCUGUCCAGGAUACUCUGGAUACCUAUGCAGUCAUCACCAUGCUCAGGCCGAGAUAUACUACAUCCUUCAGGGCCGAGGAGUCGUGACGAUCGAGGGAAUACACCACAAAGUUGAGAAAGGAUGUGCAGUGUUCAUCCCGGGUGAUAUGGAACACUCGGUUACGAAUGCUGAGGAGGAAGAGCUCCAAUGGCUCUAUAUCUUUCCAGAAACCAAAUUUAGUGAUGUUGUGUAUCACUUUUCCGGAAGUGGGAGGCCGAAGCUAUAG